GGCCGGCAGCACGAGCCACACCGUCUUUGGGCUGAGCCGUGGUGGACGUUUUCAGGCAGCUGACCUGCACCCUGCGCGCCCCGCACCGCCUCUUGUGGAAUCCUGAGCCGGCCGUGUAGGUACGAACUCGGGCCGGAGUCCGGCCGAAGCGAAAACGGCAGGCCUGCGGGCCGCGCUCCGCUUGCGGGUGGCGGGAGGGGAGGGCCCGAGUACACGCCCGACCUGGCUUUGGCCUCCCUCGUUGACGAGGCCUCGGGGGCGUCGUUCGUUGACGAAGCGGCUGUUUUGCGAUGCGAGUGCUUGGGCUUUAGGGCGCCGCGGCUGUGCGAACCGCAGCGGAGAGCCCUUGCGCAUCGCGGCCCGGCAAAUCGCCAUGUCCACCAACGAGAAUGCUAAUUCACCAGCUGCCCGCCUUAACAGAUUCAAGAAUAAGGGGAAAGACAGUACAGAAAUGAGGCGCCGCCGAAUAGAAGUUAACGUGGAGCUGAGGAAAGCUAAGAAGGAUGACCAGAUGCUGAAAAGGAGAAACGUAAGCUCGUUUCCUGAUGACGCGACAUCCCCACUGCAGGAAAACCGCAACAACCAGGGCACUGUCAAUUGGUCUGUUGAUGACAUUGUCAAAGGCAUAAAUAGCAACAAUUUGGAAAGCCAGCUCCAGGCUACUCAAGCUGCUAGGAAACUGCUUUCUAGGGAAAAACAGCCUCCCAUAGACAACAUAAUCCGAGCUGGUUUGAUUCCAAAAUUUGUGUCCUUCUUGGGCAGAACUGAUUGUAGCCCCAUUCAGUUCGAAUCUGCUUGGGCCCUCACUAACAUUGCUUCUGGUACAUCAGAACAGACCAAGGCUGUGGUAGAUGGAGGUGCUAUCCCAGCAUUCAUUUCUCUGUUGGCCUCUUCCCAUGCCCACAUCAGUGAGCAAGCUGUAUGGGCUCUAGGAAACAUUGCAGGUGAUGGUUCAGUUUUCCGAGACUUGGUUAUCAAGUAUGGUGCAGUUGACCCGCUGUUGGCUCUCCUUGCUGUUCCUGAUAUGUCAUCUUUAGCAUGUGGUUACUUACGGAACCUUACUUGGACACUUUCAAACCUUUGUCGCAACAAGAAUCCUGCACCCCCGUUAGAUGCUGUUGAGCAGAUUCUUCCUACCUUAGUUCGUCUUCUGCAUCAUGAUGAUCCAGAAGUAUUAGCGGAUACCUGCUGGGCCAUUUCCUACCUUACUGAUGGUCCAAAUGAACGGAUUGAAAUGGUCGUGAAAACAGGAGUUGUGCCCCAACUUGUGAAGCUUCUAGGAGCUACUGAAUUGCCCAUUGUGACUCCUGCGCUAAGAGCCAUAGGAAAUAUUGUCACUGGGACAGAUGAACAGACUCAGGUUGUAAUAGAUGCGGGAGCACUUGCUGUCUUUCCCAGCCUACUAACGAACCCCAAAACUAAUAUUCAGAAGGAAGCUACGUGGACAAUGUCAAACAUCACAGCUGGUCGCCAGGACCAGAUACAGCAAGUUGUGAAUCAUGGAUUAGUUCCAUUCCUCGUUGGUGUUCUCUCUAAGGCAGACUUUAAGACACAAAAGGAAGCUGUGUGGGCUGUGACCAACUAUACGAGUGGCGGAACAGUUGAGCAGAUUGUAUACCUCGUUCACUGUGGCAUAAUAGAACCAUUGAUGAACCUCUUAACUGCAAAAGAUACCAAAAUCAUUCUGGUUAUUCUGGAUGCCAUUUCAAACAUCUUUCAGGCUGCUGAGAAACUAGGUGAAACUGAGAAACUCAGUAUAAUGAUUGAAGAAUGCGGAGGUUUGGACAAAAUUGAAGCUCUACAAAACCAUGAAAAUGAGUCUGUGUACAAAGCUUCAUUAAACUUGAUUGAGAAGUAUUUCUCUGUAGAGGAAGAAGAAGAUCAAAAUGUUGUGCCAGAAACUACCUCUGAAAGCUACACAUUCCAAGUUCAGGAUGGCACUCCCGGGACCUUUAACUUCUAGAUUGUACAGCUGAGGCAUAAAGUUGUUUGUUGUGUACUAUGUUUGGUAGAAGUUUGUUUUACUGUUUUCUCUACUAAGAACUCUUUUUAAAUGUGUUUUGUUAUUGUAGCACUUUUUACAAUGGAAACUAUACUUGAACAGUUCUGAACUGUACAAACUGUAUGAAGCUUCUCCUCUCGGUGGGUUUCUUAUUUCUCUGUGGAAUCUCAUAUCUUGCAGUGUCCUGUAAAUAAAGAUUAAAUUCCACCCUUUUCCUUA